AAUCAUCAUGGCGACUUUAGUGCUAGAUAACGGAGCGGGAAGCGCAAAAAUUGGGUUUACUACAGAUUCAGAGCCAAAAAUCAUUCCUAACUGUGUUACCAAGGCAAAAAAUGUCAGAACCAGAAUUUUCAUUGGAGAUCAGAUUGAUGAAUGUAAAGAUUUGUCUAGUCUUUAUUACCUGCUCCCUUUUCAAAAGGGAUUUCUCGUGAACUGGGAGAUAGAAAAGCAAGUGUGGGAUCAUAUGUUUAGCAAGGAUGUGUGCCAGGUUGACUUCAAUGAAACAACUGUGGUGGUUACCGAGCCAUUCUUUAACUUUCCCUCUGUUGGUGAGGCUAUCAAUGAAGUCAUAUUUGAGGAAUACCAGUUUCAAGCUCUGCAUCGAACACAAGCUCCCUGCCUGACCUGCUACAAACACCAGACCGAUAAAGAAACCAGUGGGAGUUUAUUUGGCACCCUGGUCAUUGACUCUGGCUACUCCUUCUCACACAUUGUUCCAUUCUACAAAAACAAACCUAUCAAAGAAGCAAUUAUACGUGUCAAUGUUGGAGGUAAAAUCUUGACCAACCACUUGAAAGAAGUUAUUUCAUACAGGCAGCUGAUGGUGAUGGAUGAAACAUACGUUAUAAAUCAAAUGAAAGAAGAUGUUUGUUAUGUUUCUACACAGUUUGAUAUAGAUAUGAAGAUUGCCAAAUUAAAAUGGCCAGAAAAUACAAUAGGCAGAGACUACAUUCUUCCAGAUUACACUCACAUCAAAAGGGGAUAUGUUAGAUCACCUGAAGAAACCGCUAAAGCCAAGGGAGAUGAACAGAUGAUCCGUAUGAACAAUGAAAGGUUUGCCAUCCCAGAGCUUUUGUUCAGACCAUCUGAUGUUGGCAUCCAGGAGAUGGGCAUUAGUGAGAGCAUCAUGCACUGCUUGACACUGGUGGAGAAAGAGCUGAGACCACAUUUACUAAACAACAUUGUCUUGACUGGAGGCAACGCACUGCUCCCAGGCUUUCAGGAUAGAAUAUUCCAGGAUGUGCGGAGUCUGGCAGGAGAUGAUAUGGAUGUGGGCAUCUCUACACCAAAGAACCCUAUCACGUACCCAUGGCAAGCUGGCUGUGACUUUGCAUUAGAUCCCAGUUUCCCUUCUCUGUGUGUCUCACGUCACGAGUAUGAGGAACACGGACACGUAGCCUGUACAAACAAAUUUAAUUUGUGACAUCUGUAUGUUCCUCUCAUUGUUGUAUAAAUUAUGAAUUAAGAAUUGUUGUCAUCUUCAUUGUUAAAUAGCCAUCAUACUAAUGUAAAAUAAUUUCAUGUAAUAAAACAGA